AACAUGCGGGAAGUUCCACAGAUUUUUGUCCGGUGUUUGAGCGGUUAGGCCUAGGCGUAUUAUGAGUUUGAAAAAAUGAGGGGUAUUCAAGAUGUCUAUACAGCGAGUAAAAAAGUCGUUGAUUUUUGGGGAUAUGAUAACAAAGCAGUUUUAUAUUCGUCAUCUAUUGGUGCCUUUGUUUUUCCAGUAAGUCUAGGUUUAAUCCAGCAUACUGUAUUUAGAAUAUUAGCUAUCACUAAUGGAUCAAUAUUUGCAUCAGCCCUAGGCCUAGCCGCCGUAGGAAUGUCUGGAUGUGCAGCUUCCGUCGCCUUGACUGAGGCUUCUGAUCGCCUUCGUGAGAGAGCAUAUUUUUCUUGGCGAGAGCCAUCAUAUUCCGCAUUACCCAAACCAUACAGCCUGAACAACCAUGAGGAUUUGAAGCUAUUGACGGUUUAUUUCAUCGGGACAGUUGUUGUGUUCAAAGCCUGUAGAGGGCGCUUUUCAUCGGUAUUACCAAGUAGUGUCAAACAUCCAGGUGCAUUUGCUAAUGUUGGCAUUGUUGGUUCUCAUCGGUAUGCCCAUAAAAGUCAGAGGGUAAAAAUUAUGCAAAUGGGACGAAAACUUGGUUGUCACACCUGUGGAAGAAAAUGGUUUUCAAAAUCAUUCAUUGCAGACCAUCAACCACCAUUGGCAUUAUCACACAACAACAGAGGGAAGAAAUAUCUGUUUGGUGUUUUGCGCUAUCCAAAAACUCAACAGAAACUGUAUCCGCAAUGUAAAAAAUGCAGUCUGAAGCAGCAGAAACACAUACAGUCUCCCAAGAACUACAGUGCAGUUGUAACUCAUGCGUCUUCACUUAGAAUCUACCACCUCUUUCUACCUCUACCGUACAUUUGGGCUUUCAUUCGAGAUGUUGCAUAUUAUAUUUGAUCAUGCUUUUAAAUUGUGUAUGUUAUCUCAUCCAUUAGGUGACAGAUAGAUUCUAAAAUCCAAGUUUACCAUAAAUAUAAUAAAAUAUUGCAAAAGAUAAUUAGAAUUUUGAGGGGAUUUUGAUAACUUGUAUAUUAAGGACACUCCUUAUUACUUAAGGUGUUGCGUAUACAGUACUACAAAAUAAUUGGUAAAUAAUUACAUUUGUUAUGAUUAUUUAAUAUUUUUUAUACAGGUAUAUAAAUUUUUCUUCUGAAUCAUGUGAAUAUGUAUAUUUUUUUGAAUUCAUGAAACUCAAUAUUAACAAUAAAUAGCUUAAUUUUAACAUGGAAAAGAUGUAUAAUUUUUUUUUCUAUUUAAAGUGAUUGGUUUCAUAUAAGAUACAGUACUAUGCAAUAACAUUAAGCUCCCAAAAGGAGCAGUGAUAGAUACAAUUCAAUUGAAUUAUUGUUUUAAUGCUCUAAUUAGUAAAAUAUUGAUUAAAUAAUAUUAUUUUGUAUUAGUAGUGUUAGGGGUCAUUCACUAUUAUACAGUACAGGGAAGGAGUACAAACAAAUUUGCAUGAAAAUAUUAUUCAAAAUAUUAAAAAAAUAGCAUGGAAAAUAUUUAAAUAAUAGAUUUUUUAUGACCAAUUAUAAUAUAACCAUGGAUAUUGUAUACAUUUUGAAGUAACAAAUUAUGGUACUUUACAAAAAAUGGAGAAUGGUUUGGCAAAAUCCAACAUUUUUAUAUACAAUUUCAGAGGAAUGGAGUGGUACCGAAAAACAGUACUGUUUGUACACUUGUGAAUGUUGAUAAUUGUGAACGACCCCUUAUUGUCAUUAAAUUUGUACCAUAUUGUACAUAGCCCUGUUGAAGCAUUAAUUGUUUAAAUUUAAAUCUGGAUCUAAAAGGAUCCUGGUGAUACGAAACAUCAGAACAUGUUAUUAUGUUUUCUCUAGUAAUGUUUCAUUGAAAUUAGAAUAUAUCUCUAAUAAACAGAAUGGCGCUUUGUGGGGAGCAGCGCUCAGAAUAAAAAAUUUUAUCUGGUGUGACGCUUAUUCAAGAGUUUGUUUGGAACGUUGUCAGAAUAAAAUGCAAGCAAUUAAAAUAUUCAAUUGACACAAUAUGUUGUUAGAUAUAAUUUGUUACAUGUACAAUAUAUAAUGUAAAUUCAAGCCUAUAUCUUUUUAUGAUGUCACUGAUGAACGACAUCCAUUUAUUCAUGAAUAUUUUUGUAUUAAAAAAAAAGUGUGUUUUAGUAGCAGUAAGUGUUACUGUUAUUAUUUCUAUUUUAAUGGCAUUUUUAUUAAUAAACGAUGAGAUUGUUUCUUUCAAUACAAUUA